AGAAAACAUACAAUUAAGAUGAUGGUACAGAAAUUUCCGGUUAUGCCCCUCUGGUCUUCUUCCUUCUUCCUUCUUCCUACCUCCCUCCGAUUUGUAUUUUGUCUUGUCUCUGCAGCACUGCCUCUACAAACAACCACAAAACCUUACACUAAUUCCAAAAUAAAACAAUCAUACAAAAAACAUUCAUUUUUAAAACCCUAGAAAUGGAGUCUCUCUCACGUCCUUUUCUCCCCAGAAAACUUUCCAAUGCAACUACCUUCUCACCCAGAAACUCCUACGACGGCGUUUUUUCCGGCCACCGCCACAACUACACCGGAGCUUCGCCAAUUGACGUUCAAGACUACCGUGAGAUUUUCGCUAACUCCCCUGCUGCUUCAUCAAUUCCUGUGCUUGAUCUUUCAACCUUAAGAGAACCUUCUUCUGAUGCUUUGAACUUGAAUUUGCACUUGAACUUGAACUUCCGGAGUUCAGAGCCGGAUUACUCUAAGAUUUUCGGUGGCAUUCGUGACGAAGAUGUCGCUGUUUCUUAUGAAGAACUAUUUGCUCGCGACAAAGCCAGGGCUCCUUCAUCAAAAACAUCUUCACCAGAUUCCGAUAAUUUGUCUCAUCACUCCGCUGAUGUCUUGAAGCAAUUUAACAUGUCAUAUAAUAAGAUCAGCCGAAAAAAUAAAGAUGGAUUAGAUCAUGGGACAAGACAUGUCACACAAUUACAUGCCAUACCUGGAUUUACUCGUUUCAUUGAUGAAGCAGUUCCUCCAUUAAUGGAAGCCAAGAAGCAGGAUUCCGCAGAAGUUCAUGUUAGUUUAGAUUCCAUUAAAAGAAGUAAACAUCAUCCCACUACAGUAUCAUCACCUUCGUCUUCACCAAAUAACAUAGUUGAUCAUAAAGAUUAUCCAAAAAGAUCAACAACUAUGAAUUCCGAGUCAUGUGAAAGUGAUGCUUCUGAAAGUUAUUUUGAUGCUGAAGGUGAUGCCAAUUCCGCUGCUUCUGCUUCUGCAGCUGCUCUGAAGAAAGCAAUAGAGAAGGCUCAAGAAAGUAUACGGAUUGCAAAAGAAUCAGUUGGAAGAAAGAAGAAAGGGCUUCGAAGCUUUUCAAGUAAAAGCUUCAAAGAUAGCUUGAAAGUUGAAGAACCAAAAUGCAAAGAUGAAGUGAGAGGGGUAUUUGAAAGAAACGCUGCUUCUGUUACAUCACAAGCUGUGGGUAGAAACCGUAAAUAUGGUGAUACAGUAGUUUUUCCAGAUUUCAUGGACAGUGAGAAACUUUCUGUCGCAAAAAGGGUUAUAGAUGAAAUACAUGGAAAAUUUUCAGAAUCAACUAAAGAAUCUUCGAUAUUGAAAGAUAAUACCAUUGUUUCAAAUUCUACACAAGUUACACACGAAACAGUAGAAAUUGAUAUUUCCAGAGAAUCAAAGGAGAAUACGAAUGAGGUAAGACCAAAUUAUGCCGAUGAAUUAGUUACAGAAUCGAAUGAUUUAACUAUCUCUCAAAAGGUUGAAGAAGAUGAGAAGAAAUUGCCCCUAGAAUCUGUUUUAUCAGAUAAUGAGAAACAAGAAGAGGUUCUUGAACAAGAACACCUCAAGAAUGCAGAGAAAAGUGAUGAUGAAGCAAGUGAUAACAUACAAGAAAGUAAAGAGAGUGAAGGAAUCUGUCAUAACAAGUUACAAAAAGACGAUUUUGAGAAGAAACAGGAAGAUAACCACAUAGGUGAUCAAAAGGUGGAAACUUUCGAACUUGAUCAUAACGUUAUCGAAGAAAUGGAAACACACAAGUAUUCCAAAGUUGAUAUGAACGAUAACAAUGAGGAAACAACUCAAGAGGUUGAUGAUGAUGAUACAGAAGCAAUGAAGGAAACAGAAGAUGAAGUUAUUGAAAAGACUUCAAUAGAUCAAACUUCCUCCGAUGACUACGAAGAUGAAUACGAAGUGAAAUCUGACGACACUAAUGGAUCCGAAUCGAACGACGUUGAAUCCGAAUCAUCAUCUUCAAGAGAAGAAGAAGAAAGUCAAACUAACAUCCAACUUCCCCACAACGAAAACCCUACAAUCGAAACCACAAAGGAGACGAUUGAUGACGUGGCAGCUAGAGAAAAGGAGCGGGAGAAAGACAGAUUAGCUGUCGACAGAGCAAUUCGCGAAGCGCGUGAGCGAGCGCGUGAAAGAGCCGAACGAGCUGCUGUUGAAAAAGCCACCGAAGAAAUAAGACAGCGAAUGAGAGCUGACGCCCAACAAAAGGCUGCAAAAGCUUCUGCCCAGUCGAAGCUGAGAGCCGAGCGAGCUGCAGUCGAGAGAGCCACGUCAGAAGCCCGACAACGAGCUUUAGAGAAGGCAAUGACUAAAAAGCCCUUACAGGAUUCCUCUCGCACUUCUAAUGGAACAACAACUUCUGAAUCGGCUCUAAGAAGUAAAGCCAAAUUGGAAAAAGACAAUCGAAUCAUGGAAAGAGCUGCUAAAGCGCUUGCAGAAAAAGAGAAACGGGAUUUGCUUGCUCAAAAGGAAGAAGCCGAGAGAAAUAGAUUAGCGGAGAAUCUUGACGCUGAUAUCAAGAGGUGGUCAAAUGGGAAAGAAGGAAACUUGCGUGCAUUGCUUUCAACACUACAAUAUAUUCUUGGAGGCGAAAGUGGUUGGCAACCGAUUCCAUUGACAGAGAUCAUAGGGAGAAGCGCUGUAAAGAAAGCUUACAGAAAAGCUACUCUUUGUGUUCAUCCAGACAAGUUACAACAACGAGGGGCAAGUAUUCAACAUAAGUAUAUAUGUGAAAAGGUUUUUGAUCUUUUAAAGGCGGCUUGGAAUAAAUUCAACUCCGAAGAAAGAUAGCGGCUUCUUAUCGUUUGGAAGAAAGUCGUGGUGUUUGGUUUUGGGGGUGAUUAUUUAUUUAUUCAAGAGAUGUAUUAUUAUUUUCUUUAUUGAUGUUGUGAUUUACCAAAUGGAAAAGAGAAGAGAGUUCAGUGGUUUCGGGUAUAUGAUUUCUCAUAUGUUUAGAGCACAUGUGAGGAGUCAUUAUACCUGGAAUUUGACAUUGAAUGGUGGAUUAUGUGUCUUCAUUUGAGGUGAGUUAACAAAGUUCACAUGUAUUUUCCAUACCUAAGAAACUAAAAAUGUCAAAGAACAGAUUCUAAUUCUAAUUCCUUUUAUUACUACACGAUGGUUCCAUCUUUAAUGGUUGCAUUCUUGAGGAUGACAGUUAUCCCUGAUCUUAUGUAAAAACCUUCAUCCGAUCUGUCUGCUUCUUCCACAUUAUCUUUGUUUGCAAUUAUCACAUCUUUUCCAAUCUUGGCAUUCUUAUCGAUUAUGCAAUUCCUAUUUAACCAAUAUUACAAAAAAGAAAAAAGAAAAAAAAGAUGAUC